CUCAAAUCAAAGCCUCCAACCAAAGCCUCCUCCUCCGCCCUCUCCAAUCCCACCACUCUCGUCCCCGACGCCGACGCCGACGCCGACGCCGACGCCAUGACGGGCGGCAUCGCCAAUGGCGUGACGGCGCCAAGUGGCCCGGGGCUCCCCGAGAAGGCCGUCGCGGCGCCGCUGCCCGAGGAGCUGGCGCCGGAGGUGGUGGAGGGGGCGAGGGAGAUCGUGCUGGGGAGGAACAUGCACGCCUCCUGCUUCGCGGUGAAGGAGCCCGACGCCGACGACGAGUUCACCGGCGAGCGCGAGGCCACCAUGGCCGGCGUCCUCGCACGCUACCGCCGCUCCCUCGUCGAGCGCACCAAACACCACCUCGGCUACCCAUACAAUCUGGACUUUGAGUACGGUGCUCUUUCCCAGCUGCAGCACUUCUCUAUUAACAACCUGGGCGACCCAUUCAUUGAGAGCAACUAUGGCGUGCACUCGAGGCAGUUUGAAGUGGGUGUGUUGGAUUGGUUUGCUCGCUUGUGGGACCUGGAAAAGGAUGAAUAUUGGGGAUACAUUACAAACUGUGGCACCGAAGGAAACCUGCAUGGGAUUCUUGUCGGAAGAGAAGUUUUCCCUGAUGGGAUCUUGUAUGCCUCUCGUGACUCCCACUACUCAGUAUUCAAAGCAGCGAGAAUGUACAGGAUGGAUUGUGUCAAAGUGGAUACUCUUGUCUCUGGAGAAAUGGAUUGUGCGGAUUUUGGAAGAAAGCUACUUGAAAACAAAGAUAAACCUGCUAUUAUUAAUGUCAACAUUGGGACAACUGUCAAGGGAGCAGUUGAUGAUCUUGACUUGGUUAUCGAAACACUUGAAAAAAGUGGGUUCAAGGAUCGGUUUUAUAUACACUGUGAUGGUGCUCUGUUUGGUCUGAUGAUGCCAUUUGUUAAGCUGGCACCUAGGGUAUCCUUUAAGAAGCCCAUUGGGAGUGUGAGCGUGUCUGGUCACAAGUUUGUUGGAUGUCCCAUGCCCUGUGGUGUCCAGAUAACAAGGUUGAAUCACAUAAAUGCCCUUUCUAGUAAUGUGGAGUAUCUAGCUUCACGUGAUGCUACAAUCAUGGGAAGCAGGAAUGGUCAUGCUCCCAUCUUCCUAUGGUACACCCUGAACAGGAAAGGCUAUAGAGGUUUUCAGAAGGAAGUUCAGAAAUGCUUGAGAAAUGCACAUUACCUUAAAGAUCGGCUCAAGGAUGCUGGAAUUAGUGCGAUGCUUAACGAGCUCAGCAGUACAGUAGUUUUUGAGAGGCCAAAGGACGAGGAGUUUGUGCGACGGUGGCAGCUUGCUUGUGAGGGAAGUAUAUCACAUGUUGUGGUAAUGCCCAGUGUCACUGUCGAUAAGCUGGAUACUUUCUUAAAUGAGUUGGUGGAGAAGCGAGUAACCUGGUACCAGGAAGGAAAAUGCCAAUCUCCUUGCAUUGCAGCUGAUGUUGGCCAGGAGAAUUGUCUUUGUACUCUGCACAAGAAAUAAGUUUGUCAGGGGACACUCUGUGAGUUCAAAUGUUGGAUACUUGAGUAUUUACAUUGGUUGGUGUCGUAUUUACCACCUCCCAAUCGUGCAUCCUUUAUUGUUCAUUGUUGUCAUGGACUCAUUUAAUGCUAGUCCUCGCUUUAUAUCUAUACGAGACAGAUCUUAGCACAGUAGCAUGCUGAACUCUAUGUGUUGUAUUCAUCGUCCGUCUUCCAUCUAUUCUUCAAUAAAGUUCUGUGCAAAUGAUGUAUCCAAAUGAA